GGGCUGGCACGGUCAAUGUUUAACCGGAGCGGUGGUACCGGUUGUGUGGGCCAGCAGCGGCCGGCUGGAGGUAGCUCCCGCGGGACCGGCCGGGCGCUGCGGGCACCCCGAGCACCGGGUGCUGGGGGGCGCAUGGAACCAGAGGGGGAGCGGGGCGGGGACCCCCAGCCGGACCCCCGGCCCAGAACGCUCCCACGGGGUCAGGAGAGACCGAGUCCCGGAGAGGAGCGGGAGGGCCCCGUGGAGGGCAGAGAGACGCGUCUGAGAGUGGUGCUAAGGGUCCGGCCACUGACCUGCACGGAGACGCGGCGAGGUGACCAGCAAGUUGUGCACAGCCUCGGUGACGGCGCCGUCCACGUGAGCGCCGCCAGGCACGAUGCCACCUUUGGCUUCAGCGCCGUGUUCGACGCCGGCGCCUCGCAGGAGGCUGUGUUCGAGGGCAGCGGGAUGAGGCAGCUGGUGGAGCUGGCCAUAGACGGCUUCUCCUGCACCGUCUUUGCCUUCGGGCAGACCGGCUCGGGGAAGACCUACACGCUGAUGGGACCCCUCGCCCAGAGCGACACCCAGCCGGCGUCCCCGGCCCUGCUGGGGCUGAUGCAGAGGUCCUUCACCUGCCUCCUGGAGCAGAGCCGGAGCCGCGGCUCUGACCUGGCUCUGAGUGCUUCCUACCUGGAGAUCUACAACGAACAGAUCCGGGACCUGCUGAGCCCGGGGCCACCGUGCGCCCUGCCCCUGCGCUGGAGCAAAACCCGCGGCUUCUACGUGGAGAACCAGCUCAGUGUGGAGUUCGAGAGCCUGGAGGCCAUCGUCAGCCUGCUCCUGCAAGGAUCCCAGAGGCGCCGGACCUCGGCACAUGCCCUCAACAGGCACUCGAGCCGCAGCCACGCCCUGCUGACCAUCCACGUCCGCAGCCGAGCCGCCGGUGCCUGCCCCAGCAAGCAGGGCACGCUGUGCUUCGUGGACCUGGCUGGCAGUGAGCGGGUGAAGGAGACCGGCUCCAGCGGGGAGCUCUCCCUGGAGGCCAACAGCAUCAACCGCAGCCUCCUGGCGCUGGGACACUGCAUCUCCCUGCUGGCCAAGCCCCGCGGGAAGCGAACGCACAUCCCCUACCGGGACAGCAAGCUCACCCGGCUGCUGGCUCGCUCCCUGGGCGGCUCGGGCAUCACCUUGAUGGUCGCCUGCAUCUCUCCGUCCUCACGCUGCCUCUCAGAGACUCUGAGCACGCUGCACUACGCCAGCCGUGCCCGGAGGGUCACCACCAGACCCCUGGCCAACAGGGUGUCCCGGGAGAAGCUGCUGCAAACCUUGGAGCAAGAAAUCCACGCCCUGCAGCUGGAAAACCUCUCCCUGCGCCAGCAGCUGUGCCUGCCCAGAGUGCCAGUGAGGAGCACGGAGGUGGCAGGGAACCCCCCAAAAGCAUGGGUGGGCUCGGGAGAGAGGCACGGCCCUGCAGGCCAGCUCCCACCAGAGGGAACCCCAGCCUGGCCCAGCCUCUACGGUCUCCUGAGGGACUUUGUGGUGGAGAACGAGCAGAUGAGGCAGCCCUGUCUGUCCCCAAACCUCAGUGGUCACAUCCCAGCUGGCCCAUCCCACAGAGCCACCCGCAGCUCCUGUGACAGCCAGCCCCUGCUCCGGAGCGCCCGCACCCUCCGUGUCCCCCGCAGCCACUCGGUGAGGCACCGGCGGCCCGACACCACACCCAGCUCUGUCCCCCGGCUGCCGAAGCUCCCUCCAGCCUCCAGCCACCCCAGCUGCCCAGGGUGCCCACAGUGCUGCCCUGGGCCAGCUGAUGCCACCAUGUUCCAGGUGCUGCCAGUGCUCCCCGUGCCACAGCCAGUGCCCCCUGAGGGAAGUGCUGGCCUUCUGCCACCUGCACAGGGGGACACGGCUCUGCCCAGCUCCCACCAACCCCACGGGCACCCCCAGCCCCACCAGAGGAAGCGGAGUCAUGGCAGGAGCAGGAGCUUGUCUCAGCAGCACCCGCUGCACCGGGAGCUGCCAGGCCCUGAGCGCGUUCCCAGCCCCGAGGGAAGGGUCAUCCCUUCAGCACCGCCAUGGCCGGGAUUGCCAGAGCCCAGAGCUGCCGGCACCGUCCCUCUCCUCCAGUGGGAAGAGGCACUGGACUGGCUGGCAGAGCAGAUCUGAGCUGCCACGGGCACACCACGGAUGGGGCCAACAUCAGGGAUCUGGCACAGGCUGAGGGGACAACCACAACCCUUGGGGACAUGAGAUCUUGGACUGCAAGGACUGCGCAAACCAUGACACAGACGGUCGGAUGGACGGACAGACAGAC